GCUUUUCCUCUGUCCCAAGUCAACGUUGACUUACAAAGACCACUUUGAUUUAUACAUAUCCUUUGGAUUUUAGAUCUAAUUCUUCUCCAAAUCAUUCGAGCAUUCUUUCUGAGAGAGAACCUUAGAAUUAAUUGCACAAUGGGUGAUUUCCUAUGGACUUUUGCUGUGGAAGAAAUGUUGAAGAAGGUGUUGAAGGUUGCACAGGAGCAAACUGGCCUAGCAUGGGGCUUCCAGAAACAUCUCUCCAAGCUCCAAAAAUGGCUACUCAAGGCUGAAGCUUUCUUACGCGAUAUCAACACGAGAAAAUUGCAUCAUGAUUCUGUGAGGAUGUGGGUAGACGAUCUUCGACAUCUUGUUUAUCAAGCCGAUGAUCUAUUAGACGAAAUUGUUUAUGAACAUCUUCGACAAAAGGUCCAUACAAGAAAAAUGAAGAAGGUAUGCGAUUUCUUUUCUCCUUCUAGCAAUGCUUUCAUCUUUCGUCGUAACAUGGCGAACAAAAUGAUGACUCUUGUAGAAUUGUUAGAAAAGCAUUACAAUGAGGCUGCUCCUUUAGGACUAGUGGUGAAUGAAAAUGCAAGACCAGAGAUUGAUGUUAUUAGUCAAUAUCGAGAGACAAUUUCAGAACUCGAAGAUCAUAAGAUUGUGGGGAGGGAUGUUGAAGUUGAAAGUAUAGUGAAACAAGUGAUUGAUGCUAGCAAUAAUCAACUUACAUCUAUCCUACCCAUUGUUGGUAUGGGUGGAUUAGGAAAAACAACUUUGGCAAAGUUAGUUUUCAACCAUGAGUUGGUUAGACAACAUUUUGAUAAAACUGUAUGGGUAUGUGUCUCUGAACCAUUUAUUGUCAACAAGAUUUUGUUAGAUAUUUUACAAAAUCUACAAGGUGGCAUUUCUAAUGGAGGGGAUAGUAAGGAGGUUUUACUUCGGGAACUCCAAAAAGAGAUGCUUGGCCAAACAUAUUUUCUUGUGCUUGACGAUGUUUGGAAUGAAAAUUCUUUUCUAUGGGAUGAGUUGAAAUAUUGUUUGCUUAAGAUCACUGGAAACUCUAAGAAUAGUAUUGUUGUGACUACAAGGAGUGUUGAAGUUGCAAAAAUCAUGGGAACAUGUUCUGGUCAUCUUUUAAGUAAAUUAUCUGAUGAUUAUUGUUGGUCCUUGUUUAAAGAAAGUGCGAAUGCAUAUGGACUAUCAAUGACUUCAAACUUGGGGAUCAUCCAAAAAGAGUUGGUCAAAAAAAUCGGUGGCGUACCAUUGGUUGCACGAGUUUUGGGAAACGCAGUGAAAUUUGAAGGAGAUGUUGAGAGAUGGAAGGAAAUGUUGAAAAGUGUGCAAAGAACUCCAGUGGAAGGGGAAAAUUUUGUUUUGUCUAUAUUAAAAUUAAGUGUGGAUCGUCUACCAUCAUCUACAUUAAAGCAAUGUUUUUCAUAUUGUUCAAUUUUUCCCAAGGAUUUUGUAUUUAAAAAACAAGAACUAGUUCAAAUGUGGAUGGCACAAGGUUUUCUUCAACCACAGGAACGAAAAAACUUGACAAUGGAAAAUGUAGGAGACAUAUACUUCAAGAUCUUGUUGUCACAUUGCUUAUUUGAAGAUGCCAAUGAAACAAAGACAGAAGAAUAUUAUAAGAUACAUGAUCUUUUACAUGAUAUUGCAAUGACAAUUUCAAGGGAUCAAAAUUUGCAACUAGAUCCUAGAAAUAUAUUGGAGAAGGAACUUCAGAAGAAGGAGAUUCAAAAUGUUGUAUGCGGGUUACGCACAAUUGAUUUCAUUCAAAAGAUUCCUCACAAUAUAGAUCAGACACUUUUUGAUGUUAGUAUAAGGAACUUUGUUUGUUUGCGUGUUUUGAAGAUAUCUAGUGAUAAGUUACUGCAGUCAAUUGGUCAAUUGAAACACUUGAGAUAUCUAGAAAUUUCUAGUUAUCCUCCAAUGAUAUUAAAAUUUCCAGAGUCUAUUGUUUCACUUCAUAACUUGCAAACAUUAAAGUUCUAUUUAUCAAUGAUUAAAGAAUUUCCGACCAACUUCACAAAUUUAGUAAAUUUAAGACACUUGAAAUUCUAUCUGAUUGGUUGCAAAACGCCUCCAUAUUUAAGUCAAUUGACUCAACUUCAGACGUUGUCUCAUUUUGCAGUCGGAUUUGAAAAUGGUUGUAAGAUUACUGAAUUGGGUUCAUUGAAAAACUUGCAAGGUAGUUUGAGUCUUUCGUGUUUGGAGAAAGUUGAAAAUAAAGAGGAAGCCAAUGGAGCAAACUUGGCAGAAAAAGAGAAUUUAAAAGAGCUACACUUAAAUUGGGACAUGGAAAGAAAAGAUAACAAUAGUUACAAUGAUUUGGAAGUGUUGGAAGGACUUGAACCAAGCAAAAAUCUUCGAUCAUUAAAAAUCCACUACUUUGCAGGAAGACGUUUGCCUAACCAUAUUUUUGUUGAGAAUUUAAGAGAGGUAAAUUUGCGUGGUUGUAAUAAUUGUGAAAAUCUUCCAAUGCUUGGACAAUUAAACAACCUAAAGAAACUUGAGAUUUACAACUUCCAAGAACUCCAAAUUAUAGACAACGAGUUCUAUGGUAAUGAUCUAAACCAAAGAAGGUUCUUCCCAAAGCUUGAGAAAUUUGUAAUGUGGGAUAUGAUCAACUUACAGCAAUGGGAAGAAGUAAUGACAAAUGAUGCAUCAUCAAAUAUUACAAUUUUUCCCAAUCUUAGAAGCUUGGAGAUAUGUAGAUGUCCCAAAUUAUUAAACAUUCCAGAAGUUUUUGAUGAGAAUAAUGUGCAACACCUUGAAUCAUUGAUCGUUUCACACUGUAACAAAUUAACAAAACUUCCAAAUGGACUACACUUUUGUAGUUCCAUUCAACGUGUGAAAAUAGACCAAUGUUCAAAUUUGAGCAUAAAUAUCAGAAAUAAGUCGGAAUUGUGUUAUUUAAACAUUGGUCCGUUGGAGAAGCUGCCAGAAGAUUUAUGUCAUCUCAUGAAGUUGAGGGGAAUGAAAAUUGUUGGAAAUAUGCAGAAUUAUGAUUUUGGCAUCCUUCAGCACCUUCCUUCCCUUAAACAAAUUAAUUUAGUCGAGGAUGAGUUGAGCAAUAACAGUGUAACACAAAUUCCUCAACAACUUCAACACCUCACUGCCUUGGAAUUUCUGUCCAUCGAAAAUUUUGGAGGCAUUGAAGCUUUGCCAGAAUGGUUAGGAAAUUUUGUGUGUUUGCAAACACUUAGUCUUUUUAAUUGCAAAAAUUUGAAAAAACUGCCUUCUACAGAAGCAAUGCUAUGUCUCACCAAAUUAAAUCGAUUGAAUGCCUGUCGAUGUCCACAGCUACUACUCGGCAAUGGUGACAUGGAGGGGGCGACACUUUCCCACCUUCCACAAAUUUCGAUUUAUCGCGAUAGUUAUGUGAGUUCAAUUUAGUAUUUUACAUUUAUUUUGAUUUAUAUUUUUUGUUGGUGUUGAAAGCAAAUCAUGUGUACUAAACUUUUCACAGUUGAAUUCUGUUAGCUUUCCAUUUGUAAAAAGUAUGUAUAAAUUAUUCUUUCGAAGGA